AAACUUAUAUUUCAAAGCUCAAUAGCUCACUGAUAGUCCUCCCCUUGCAUACCGGACCCCAGUUCCACGACGAGCUGAAGCAAUGGCCGUGAUCUCAACACCCAUAACAGAGUUGUUCAAAAUCACUCAUCCAGUCAUAUUAGCUGGUAUGAAUGUCGCAUCCGGGCCUGAACUGGUCGCAGCUGUGACGAACGCUGGUGGUCUCGGUGUCCUUGGUGGUUUGGGUUAUACCCCCAAGAUCUUGAGGUCGCUCAUUCACGAAAUAAAGGGAUAUCUGAAGGAUAAGAACGCGCCGUUUGGUGUGGAUCUUGCUCUUCCUCAGGUGGGUGGGAGUGCUCGGAAAACGAACUAUGACUACACCAAAGGCCAACUUCCGGAACUCAUCGACGUUAUCAUUGAAGAGGGUGCCAAGUUGUUCGUUUGUGCUAUCGGUAUACCACCUCGCUGGGCGGUGGAAAAACUGCACAAGGCCGGAAUCCCCGUCAUGAACAUGGUAGGACAUCCAAAACACGUCGCUAAAGCUCUUUCCGUCGGGGUGGAUAUCAUUUGUGCGCAAGCUGGAGAGGGUGGAGGACAUACCGGCGAAUUGCCUGCGAGCUUGUUGAUCCCGGCUUGUGUUGAUGCGACCAAAGGCGAAAAGAGCGAGUUGACGGGCGGACCUGUGUACGUCGUUGGUGCAGGCGCAGUGUAUGAUGGACGUAGUUUGGCUGCCAAUUUGAUGUGGGGCGCCCAAGCAGUCUGGGUUGGCACUAGAUUCGUUGCAUCCGUUGAAGCUGGUGCCCCAAAAAUCCACAAGGACUAUGUUAUUAAGAGUACCCAUGAGGAUAACAUUCGCACUGUCAUCUACUCCGGCAGACCACUCAGAGUUUUCAAGACACCCUACGUUGAAGAAUGGGAGACAAAACGACAAGACGAAAUCGAGAAAUUGACUAGUGAAGGUAUCAUACCCGUCGACCACGAUCUCGAGCACCACCCCGAAAGAAGCGCAGUGAGCCGUGGCUGGCUUAUGGGGAAAGUCGCAGCCAUGAUCGACGAAGUCCUGCCUGCAAAGACUAUCGUCGAGAACAUGGUCAAUGAAGCAGCUGAAUUACUGCAGGCCAAAUCCAAGUUGGUCACAACGGCAAAGCUUUAAAAGAACUCCAUCC